GUUGACGUGAUUAUGAUGAUAAUAUAUGAUGAUAUAUGAUUAUAUAUGAUUGUAUAUGAUGAUUUAGUGCGUGUGAGUCCAGUACCUUAAAGUGAGACUUGAGUAAAAGUACAAGUAUGUGACCAGAAAGUCACUUUUUAUAAAAUUAUUCAGGUAAAAGUUUGGCAUUUACUGUACUUGGGUAUCAAAAAUCAUUUCUGAUAUAAAAUGUAGUCAAAAGUGCUAGAAACAACAAAGUACAGUACAAAUACGUACAAUUAAAUUCCUGCUCGACUCCAUGGACGAGAAAACUGUUGUCGUCAUUUUCCUGUAAGUGCAGAGUGACGAGCAGAGAAAGUGAAAGUAACUAUUCUGUCACUUUGCUUCAGGCGCCAUUUGAACUGCGCAGCACGAGGACAGACUGUUUUCUCUCGUGUGAUCACUGGACUGAACACAGAUCCACAUCAGACGUCCUCCAGGAAACAUGAAGGAGAUUUUCCACUCAAACUGAGAGACGAGGACAGAGCAGAGUCUCCAGAACCCAACGGUCUGUCUGUGAAGAGUAAGAAGUAACGAUGGGAUCCUCACAGACAAAAAUGACUGACGUCCAGCAGAUGAGUGGUUGUGUGGAGGAAGACGAGGACAGAGCAGAGUCUCCAGGACCCAGCGGUCUGUCUGUGAAGAGAUCACCUUUAAACGUCAGUCAUGAACCUGGAGCCUCAGAGACAAAAGGUCAGAACCAGAGACAGAGAGCAGAGUCUCCAGGACCCAGCGGUCUGUCUGUGAAGAGUGACUGGUCUAUGGGAAAAAUUAUAAACUUCAGUCAUGAACCUGGAGCCUCAGAGACAAAAGACCAGUUUGCUGUUUCUGUGGACGAGCAGACGUCCCGCUGUCCUCUGUGUCAGGACGUCCUGAAGGAUCCAGUCUCCACCAGCUGCGGUCACCGGUUCUGCAGACUCUGCAUCUCCUCAUACUGGGACCAGUCUGGUCCACCAGGAGACUCCUGCUGUCCCCAGUGUGGACAAAGACCCAGGACAGGACGUGGACCACGGAGCAUCCCAGAUGUUGGUCUGCAGAAGGUUCUAGAUGAACAUAAGAUCAGUCUGAGGAGCAGAUUUGAACAUGUGACUGAAGGAACUGAAGGAACAGGAAGUAGAACCCUCCUGAACAGGAUCUUCACUGAGCUGUACAUCACAGAGGGACAGAGUGAAGACGUCAAUACUCAACAUGAGGUGAUGCAGCUGGAGACGACCUCCAAGAAGAAGACGGACCAGGACACUCCCAUCAAGUGCUGCGACAUCUUUAAAGCCUUACCUGACCAGCAGGGGAGCAUCAGAGUCGUCCUGACCAACGGCGUCGCUGGUGUAGGAAAAACCUUCUCGGUGCAGAAGUUCACUCUGGACUGGGCCGAGGGUUUGGAAAACCAGGAUGUGAAUCUGCUGAUUGUGCUCUCGUUCAGGGAGCUGAACCUGAUCAGAGAUCAGCAGCACAGUCUUCUCACGCUGCUCCAUGUUUUCUAUCCAACAUUAGAGAAGGUCAGAGCAGAGGAGCUCGCUGUCUGUAAACCUUUGUUCAUCUUUGACGGCCUGGAUGAAAGCAGACUCUCACUGGACUUCAGCAGCAGCACGCUGGUUUCUGACGUCACACACAGGUCAUCAGUCAACGCGCUGCUGACCAACCUCAUCCAGGGGAAUCUGCUUCCCUCAGCUCUUGUCUGGAUAACUUCUCGACCUGCGGCGGCCAAUCAGAUCCCUCCUAAAUGUGUUGCCAGGGUAACAGAAGUACGAGGCUUCACUGACGACCAGAAGGACGAGUACUUCAGGAAGAGAUCCAGAACUGAUGAUCUGUCCAGCAAAAUCAUCUCACACAUCAAGACGUCCAGGAGCCUCCACAUCAUGUGUCAAGUCCCAGUCUUCUGCUGGAUCAGUGCUACAGUUCUGGAGCACAUGUUGACCACAGAGCAGAGAGGAGAGCUGCCCAAGACCCUGACAGACCUGUACUCACACUUCCUGCUGGUUCAGACAGAGAGGAAGAAGAACAAGUACGAUAAAGGACAUGAGACGAGUCCACGGGAGCUGAUGGAGGCCGACAAGGACUUUCUUCUGAAGCUGGGGAGGCUGGCCUUUGAACAUCUGCAGAAAGGAGACAUCAUGUUUUACCAAGAAGACCUGGAGCGGUGUGGUCUAAGUGUGACAGAGGCUUCGGUGUACUCAGGAGUUUGUACAGAGAUCUUUAGAAGAGAGAGCGUGAUCUUCCAGAAAUCAGUCUACUGCUUUGUUCAUCUGAGUGUUCAGGAGUUUCUGGCUGCAGUCUACAUGUUCCACUGUUACACCAACAGGAAGACAGAGGUACUGCAGGACUUCUUCAGACAAGAAGAUAAAGACAGGAAGACAGAGGUACUGCAGGACUUCUUCAGACAAGAAGAUAAAGACAGGAAGACAGAGGUCCUGAGAAAACCUAAUUUUAUUAACAAGCUCUCCUCAUUUUUUGGAAGAAAAAUGGAGAGUGACUUAUCUCUGGAUGUGUUCCUGAAAGCAGCCAUGGAGAAAUCCCUUCAAAGUGAAAAUGGUCACCUGGACCUGUUUGUUCGCUUCCUUCAUGGACUCUGUCUGGAGUCCAACCACAGACUCUUAAGAGGUCUGCUGGGUCAGACUCAGAACAGUCCAGAAAUCAUCCAGAGGGUCAUUGAGAACCUGAAGGAGAUGAACACAGAGAACAUCUCACCUGACAGAAGCAUCAACAUCUUCCACUGUCUGACAGAGAUGAACGAGCAAUCAGUGCAUCAGGAGAUCCAAAAGUUCAUGAAGUCAAAGAACAGAAGACAGGAACUCUCUGAGAUCCACUGCUCAGCUCUGGCCUACAUGCUGCAGAUGUCUGAGGAGGUUCUGGAUGAGUUGGACCUGGACAACUACAGAACAUCAGUCCAGGGGAAACAGAGACUGAUUCCAGCUGUGAGGAACUGCAGGAAGGCUGUGUUGAGGGGCUGCAGUUUGACAGAGAUCAGCUGUUCUUCUCUGGCCUCAGCUCUGAAGUCCAACCCCUCACACCUGAGAGACCUGGACCUGAGUCUGAAUGAGCUGCAGGAUUCAGGAGUGAAGCUGCUGUGUUCUGGACUGGAGAGUCCACAUUGUAGACUGGAGACUCUGGGGUUGUUGGGCUGCAGUUUGACAGAGAUCAGCUGUUCUUCUCUGGUCUCAGCUCUGAAGUCCAACCCCUCACACCUGAGAGACCUGGACCUGAGCUGGAACCAGCUGCAGGAUUCAGGAGUGAAGCUGCUGUGUUCUGGACUGGAGAGUCCACAUUGUAGACUGGAGACUCUGGGGUGAGUUCACUGACUCUCUGUUACUGUUGUAAAUGUCAGAUGUUUCAUCCACAACUGAAAGUCAUUCAUGUUGUCACAUGAGUUGAAUCAGUGAUGGUUGUUCCAUGUUUCCACUUUUUCUUCCCUCAGAUGUAGAAUCAGGAUCUUUUCACAGCUGACGUGUUUUUUGUUUUCUAAAGUGUUUCAGUCGCUGUAGUUUUCACGUCAGUCGCAGCUUUGACCUUUUCUGACUGAACUUGAUGUUUUUCACUUUCUCCUCUGACACGUUCACAUGUAGCCAAUCAGAAUGAGUGUUGUUGAUGAUGUCACAGCUGUGACUGUUUACAAACAAACAGGAGCUUCCUCUCAUCUUCAAAUCAGCUGUGUCUCAGUUCAUAAGGCUGGAUCCUCCAAGUGUGGACUCAUGGUCCAGAUGUUGUCAACAUGUGUCACAGCACCGUGACGUGGGCGUGUCCCAACUGUCACAUGACUCGUCAUCUGGUGUAUGUUUGGCGGACGACCGUGUCCCAGAAUUCUUUGCAGCAAUAAAGGUGGUGGUAAUGCACCUUUAAGCUGGUUUACUAAACACAGAUGAAUCAAAGAAUCAAAUCAAGUGUAAAAUAUAGAAUUGUAAAGAUGUUGAGAAGAAGUGUGAUUCAGGACUUUGAAGUGUAGAGGGCAGUAUUGAACCUCUCAGUGUACAGCCUGCACACAGACUCCACCUGUUUCUGCUUCUUAUCAUUGAUUCAUUUCAUUGAGUUGAACUUGAUGUGAAAAGUGAGGCUGUGUUGAAAUUCACCUGUGACUUCUUUGUCAUUUUGCUGCUGUUUCUUUGCGUCAAACGUCUUUAUUCUUCACGUUCACUUGAACUGAACCUUCACACACUCGUGUGUCUCACAGUCACAUGACUCAUGCUUUCUAAAUACACUGUA